CGGAAACAAAACGAAAACGAAAAACACCGUUUAGGUUCAGCCCUGUUGCAGCCUACAGGUCCUCUCGGCGUGACAUCAGACAGGUGAGAGUGCCUCAGUCAAGGCCUCCGGCUUCCCCGUUGGGGCAAGCGGGUCGGAGGACCGGGCCACAUCGCCGAUGCAUCGGCGAUGCGGCUCGAUGUGGAGCCCGAUUUUCUCCACGCUGGCGGCGCCGAUGCAUCGGCGAUGCACCGCGAUCCUGCGGCCCCAUCUGCUCGGACCCCAUCUGGAAGGCCGCUACUCGGGUCAUCGGUGCGCCGUCCCUCCCCCGCCCGAGUUUGAGAUCCCGGCAAGGGCGAGCGCGUGCCAGAGCCGAAGAUCCUUCGCCCGCGUCGAAGAGGAGCAGGCGCGGACAGGCGCGGUGCUCGCACGAGUGAGGUCGCCAGCCGCCCCCGGAGAGGAUCUGCGGCCAAAAGGUCCCGUCGGUGUGGAACGAAGCAACUGCGGAUGCUUCGAGUCAUCCGUGCGUCAUGUUUCCCCGCCCCUGAGUUGGAGAUCCUGCCAACGUGAUGAGAGAGGGAGUUGCGCGCACGGAAGAGGAAACCCAUAGUCGUCAGUGAGCCGUUCUCCCCAGAUGCGGACCCAGAGGUAUCACGUCCUUAAAGCCGCACGUCGAAGGCCCACGAGGUGUUUGCGAGAGGCCGUCAGCAAAUCAGACCUGAGUGUUGCCAUUGUCUGCGCACAGUCCCAAGAUCUCCUCUUCCUCCUCUUUCUCCUCCUCCUCCUCCUCCUCCUCCUCCUCCUCCGGCGAAGGCUCGGGCCUCACAAGACGCUGGCGAGACACAUCGACGCGCUCAUGCCCAUCACGGUGCUCAGUCGACGGCAAGCCCCAGUUCAUAAGGAGAAGACGACCGUCGAUGAUCCACUCGCCACUGGGGAGUGCAGCUACGAGAAUAGGAUGGCUGCGCUGCUAGAGCGGGCCAAGGCAAAGGGGAAGCGCCACACAGACGCGGAGCAGGACAAGAACACAAUCCUCGGGCAUAUUGUGCUGGAUGCUGUGCAUGUGGCAUCCGCAGCGCCACCACGGCGCAUGCUUCUUGGCCAGACAAAGGUGGCCGGGUCAUCGACUACGUCGGCAGCGACUUCCAGUCCUUUGCUGGCGCCAGCUCCGUCGAGUGUCAGGCCUGCGACACAAUCACCGAAGGAGGAGGUUCCUGACGGGCCCAGAGUGCAUGACGGGAUGGAACGAUUGUGAUUAACUCGGCACCCCGAAGACGUGUGCAACAGGACCUCUCGUCUGCGACAGCGGCGAGAUGCAGGGGAAGGACGGUUUCUCGACCUGGCCGAGGGGCACACGAGCAUCCUGAACACAGCGAGUGGUAUCGUCGGGGGGCCUCUCCUGCAGUCUCCCUUGCCCGGCGAGGGGAUUAGGCCUGCUGGUGCUGAGGAGAGGGGGCCGUCGCCUACCACGCCAGCUCCGCGAGGCGGAGGGCCACCUGCUGCAGCGGCGAGUGGCCCAGGAUACUGUGAGCACGCGUGCCCCGUGCCAGGCGAGGGGGCAGGCCCGAGGGUGGUGUGCUGGGCGCAGGACCUGGGCCUCGGGGUGCGGCCCGCGAGCGGGAGCGCAGCGUUUCACCUGCCGGGCAGGCGACGGCUCCCUGGCAGACGCGGAUCAGUACGGGCAUCCCGCUCCAAGGUGGUGGUCUCCUUCGGGCACGGAGCACGGGCAGCGAAGUGCGCGCUCGUCGCCAGCGUCGUGGUGCAUGGCGUCUUGGGCUCGCUGUCCCUCUGAGGACAGAGCGGGCCGACGCCCGAGACCUGCGGUCCGCGGGCUUUCCUCUUCUUCGUAUUGUUAUGACUCCUCUCCUUUUUCUUGCUAUUCCUCUUAUUCCUCUUCCUCUUGGUGUUAUUCGUAUUCUCCUUCUCCCCCGCUGCUCGUCCUCGUCCUCCUUCUCCUCCUCCUCCUCCUGCUUCCUCCCCAAUCGAUUUCUCUACCCCCUUCUCCCUCUCCCUUUUUCCCCCUCCGUUGGUCUUCUUUCUCUCCGUUCCUUCCUCCUCCCCUUUCUUCC